UCAGCCGUUCUGGCAGCUGCCCAGCUGGCCGGCGUGGCCUCGGGGUUCCAAAUCCACGGGCACAUGGCCGCCCUCACUCGCCUGGAUCCCAUCGUCAGCCCCGGCCUCGUCAGCGGACACGCCCACAUGUUUGUCGGAGGCACCGGCCUCGACUCGACCCUCACGACGGCCAAGCUGAGGCAGUCCAAGUGCUCGACGCUCGAGACGCAGCAGGACAAGAGCGCGUACUGGGUGGCGCCCCCCUACGGCCGCAACGCCAACGGCACGUGGUCGGCGCUGCCCAAUACCAACCUCGCCAUCUACUAUCUCAGGUCCCAGCCCGACAAGCCCAUCACCAUCUUCCCCGACAACUUCCGCAUGGUCAUGGGCGGCGCGUCGGCCACCCUCGCGAACCAGAACAGCGACUGGACCAGCUUCCAGUGCAACAACUACAUCCCCAAGGGCGACGUCACGGGCACGUGGAACUUUACCUCUGGUCUCAAGUUCCUUCCCACCAUGGACUGCACGCUUAUCAAGAUGGCCAUUGAAUUUCCCAACUGCUGGGACGGCCAAAACGUCGACUCGGCCGACCACCGGAGCCACAUGUCGUACGCGACGGGGCCGGACUCGACGUGCCCCACCACACACCCGGUGCAGGUCCCGCAGAUCGUGCUCGAGUACGAGUUCUACGCCGAGGGCUACCGCUACCAAGACGUGGCGCUCAGCUCGGGCAGCAAGAGCGGCGCGGGCGUGCACGGCGACUACUUCUUCGGGUGGACCGCGGCGGGCGUCGCCGCCAUGGCGCGCGCGCUCGACGAC